AUGGAUACAUGCCGGUUGGUCCAUAAGCCCAUUAGCUUAGCCAAACGGAGAGCACCGUAUCAAGCCUUGACGACCCCUAGCUUCAUUCUCUCUUGCCGCAUCGAUGAAACCCUCCGCCGCAUCGAGAUCCAGUGGCCGUUAACGAAACGCGAGGUGGCGACCAAGGUCGAUGGAUCGCAUUACUUCUUCUCGAUCCACCCGCCGAAGGAAUCCGGAUCCGAUUCGGAUGAUGAGAUCUUAAACUACGGGUUAACCAUUGCUUCGAAAGGGCAAGAGAAUGUGUUACAUGGGCUUGAUCAGGUUCUUCGUGACUAUUGCUGUUUCGCGGAGCAGAGGAUGUCGGAGAAGGGAGAGGAGGUGCUUGGAAACUCAAUGGCUGCUGCGACUUCUCCCGAGGAGUUGAAGGGUGAGAGGAAGGACAUUGUGGAGGGUCAAUGUGCGGCAUAUUGGACCACGCUCGCGCCUAACAUUGAGGAUUACAGUAGCAAGACUGUGAAAAUGAUAGCUUCUGGGUCAGGUCAGCUGAUCAGAGGGAUACUUUGGUGUGGGGAUGUGACUGUGGAGAGGCUUAAGAGGGGGAACGAGGUUAUGAAGAACAUGUUGAGUCGUGCUGAGAAGGAGAAAGAUGUUAGUCCUGAGACGUUGAGGAGAAUCAAGAGGGUUAAGAGAGUGACACAAAUGACGGAGAAAGUGGCGACUGGUGUUCUUUCUGGUGUUGUUAAAGUUUCUGGAUUCAUCACUGGGUCAGUGGCAAACUCAAAAGCUGGAAAGAAGUUUUCUGGCCUCUUGCCUGGAGAGAUCAUUCUUGCAUCCCUCGAUGGAUUUAGCACUGGCUGAUCAAUACUUUAGCCGCCUGUAAAGUUCACAGGGGGAACCAUCAACACACCAAUCUCAAAGCUUGAAUUUGAGUUUCAGAUAAAGAAGUGAACGGAAUAUGAAUUCAGAGCCUACAGAGAGGUUUUGAUCGUCUUAUAUCUCUUCUUUAGAUUCAAACUCUCCUCUAGAUGAUGCUAAUGGGUUAGUUAUCUGGGAAAACACAAAUACUGGAGUAUCAUCCUCAGAUGUUGGAGGAAUACCUUCGUGGUGGCAAUCUGACUAACAGUAAAUUAAUUUGAAUUUAAUAUGAAACAGUGUUAUCCCAAAUAUAUGGAAUAUCGAACAAAUAAACAUAUUGUGUUUCCGCUAAAA